AUGAGAGACAUAAUAAGACACGGCAUACCAACCAAGGGACAUCACAGGCUGUUCUUAAUCAGCCUAACCAAGGAGCAGUUGGCUCUUCUACAAUCCAAGGGGCAGCUAAGGCCGUUCCUAAUCAGCCCAACCAAUGAGCAGUUGUCUCUUCUACAGUCCAAGGGGCAACUCAGGCCGUUCCUAAUCAGCCCAACCAAGAAUCAGUUGCCUAUUCUACAGUCGAAGGGGCAGCUCAAAAGAACUACUACAGGAAGAGGGAAAGGAAAUGGGAGAGGAGAAAUGCCAAUGGGAACAGGAAAUGUUGGAAAUGGGACAACAGAAAUGCCAAACAAUUUCUCAUCAUCACAACCACUCUCAUCAUCAUCACAGCCAGUCUCUUACACUGGAGCUACAUCAUCAUCAUUACAACCACCCAAGUCUCUUGCCAAGAAGCUUAAACCAUGGAUGCUUUGA